CCGCCAAGUCUAAACGGAAGUAGGUACGUGGCCGCUUCAGCUGACAGUCUACAUCAUGGCGACAGAGGUUCAGAGCGGCGACCUCGACAGUGCUGCAUCUAGCCGGCUCGAAGUUUCCAUCGAUGGCCUCACUCUUAGUCCAGACUCGGAGGGUGAGCAGAGUCAGGUGGAAGAGCCGGAGCCCAAACCCACGGAACCCGAGACCGAGACGCCGGGAGCCGACGAGGGCGAAGAUGGAGAGACUGCCAAGUCUGCUAUAGAGGGGAAAUGGGGGUUUCCUCUGCUGGAGUUGUACGGGAUGGCGCUGAAAUUUUUUAAAGAUAAAGAUGGCAAAGCGUUCCAUCCCACCUAUGAGGAGAAGCUCCGACUGGUGGCUCUCCACAAACAGGUUCUGCUGGGCCCCUAUAAUCCUGAUGCUUCGCCGGAGGUGGGCUUCUUUGACGUUUUAGGCAAUGACCGCAGUAAAGAGUGGGCCUCCUUGGGCAACAUGGAGAAGGAGGAUGCAAUGGUGGAGUUUGUCAAACUCCUUAACAAGUGCUGUAACCUGUUUGCUCCCUACAUCAUCUCCCACAAAAUAGAGAAGGAGGAGCAGGAAAGGAAAAGGAAAGAGGAAGAGGAGCGCCUUAGGAGGGAAGAAGAGGAGAGAGAGCGACAGAGGCUAGAGGAGGAGAGACGGCGGCUGGAAGAGGAGGAACGCCUGAGGAGAGAGGAGGAGGAGAGGAGACAGGCGGAGGAGGAGAGGCUACGGAUUGAGCAGCAGAAACAACAAAUAAUGGCAGCACUGAAUGCCCAGACAGCAGUUCAGUUCCAGCAGUAUGCUGCUCAGCAGUACCCCAACAGCCCAGAGCAGCAACUGAGCCUCAUCCGCCAACUCCAAGAGCAGCACUACCAACAGUACAUGCAGCAGCUCUACCAGGUCCAGCUGGCCCAGCAACAGGCAGCCUUACAGAAGCAGCAGCAGACUGACUCUAUGGAUUCUAGCAACUUGAACAGUGGCAAUGCUGUAAUGGCUACAGCACUGGGCCAGCUGUGUUCAGGUCUGCCACCUGGUGGCGAGGAUUUCCCCACAGUCAAUGGAGGCCAGUCAGAUUCCUACUCUGAGAGCAUGGAGCGGGAACACGAGCCCGAGACUGCAGAGGAGGUCUCAGAGAACGGACCAUUAUUAGAUAACCCACCGGUCAUCGCUGCUCCCUCUAUGUGGACACGACCACAGAUCAAGGACUUCAAAGAGAAAAUCCGACAGGAUGCUGACAGUGUGAUCACGGUGGGGCGUGGCGAGGUGGUCACUGUGAGGGUUCCCACCCACGAGGAGGGCUCCUACCUGUUCUGGGAGUUUGCCACAGACUAUUAUGACGUCGGCUUCGGAGUCUUCUUUGAGUGGACGGAUGCAUCUUCCGCUUCAGUCAGUGUGCAUGUGUCGGAGUCCAGUGACGAGGAAGAGGAAGAUGAAGGUGAUCCUCCUAACGAGGAGGAGAAGGCAAAGAAGGAGACAGGAAAGCCACAGGUGGAUGAGAUUGUGCCAGUGUACCGGCGGGACUGUCACGAGGAGGUGUACGCAGGCAGCCACCAGUACCCAGGUCGUGGCGUCUACCUGCUCAAGUUUGACAACUCCUAUUCACUCUGGCGCUCCAAGAGUGUUUACUACAGAGUCUACUACACCAGAUAAGCCUGAACACAGACACGGGGGGAGCCAAGUAGUGUGUGUGGUCAUGCAUAUAUGUGUGCGUGUGUGUGUGAGAGAUAGAUGAUGGCAGUCUGUUUGUAUGUGUGAAGAAAAUAUAAUAUUGGAUUAAUUCUGGACAAACCACAAGAGGGAGACAAAGCGGCACAUGCGGAGCCCUCGUCUAGACAUUCACUUUGUAUGUUUGUGCACACGUGUCCCAAGAUCCAUUCAUGCUAUGGCCCAUCACGGGGAAAGGUAAAUCCAGUUCAACAUCCACCACCUGUCCUCGCUGCGCUCAUUUAGACCAAGAUGAUAGACUUUACUUUAAUAUUUUUCCCACUUUUCACCCUGUGCUCCCCCAUGUCACCUUCCAGGCCCCACACUGUUCAACACGGCCUUGAGGCUGCUUUUUUCAACCCCCUCCAGGUGAUGUUUUGAAAUCUCUGAAAGGAAACCAUGAAAUUCCAGGGCUCUGUGAGCCAAACCUUUCCUGUUUGAAGGACAGAGCAGUGCUUUAUCCAAAUGAAAUGGCAGACACUGAGAAAAUUAAGGUGUAUAGAAAAAAAUACUUAAUAACACAAUACCCAAGUUUGAUAAGGAGAACCUGGUCUUUGCUGAAUCUUAGUUACACCUUCAUAGACAGGUAAACACAAAUGUACUCAUCCUUUUGUUGUUUUUCUUCUCACCUACCAUGAAUAUAUGAAGAACUUACAGGGUCACAGUUGUAGUUUUUUUCCUCCUACAGAAACUUUUUCUUUUUUUUUUACAUUUAUACAAUUAAAAAAGAAUGAUGGGAAAAAUGAUUGGGGGAAGCUGAUUUAAAUAGGAGUUUUGGUUACGUAAAAGUUAAACGUCUGAUGGUGACUAAAAGGUGAGAAACAUAUUGCAUAGUAGAUUUCUUUUGUCCCUCUGUACUCAAAUUGUUUUUCUUGUCUUUUAAUUUAUUCUACUUUCACAAAGUCAGCCCAUUGCUUUCCUGCAGUGUAAUCAGCAGAAAAACUUUAAGAAAAGAGAUUUGUACUACGGCACUGUCUCUUGCUGGGAUUUUUUUCCCCACCCAGUCCAACUGAAUGAUAUUAUAAAUAAUAAAUAUUUAAUAUCAUGUAGGUUACACACACACUGUAACAUCAUUAUAGUGAUUAAAAACAUGACAUUAUUCUGGGAUUCUGUCUUAUUUUCUUCUUUAUUCUGUCACCUCAACACUGUAUUGUGAAUAAACAGAAUUGAUAUCGACUUAUGUUGUCUCUGGUGAAGUGGUUGCUUACUAACUCAGUUGUGACAUCUCAAUUUUGCAUUUUUCAAAAUGUUUUUUGCUGCAUAAUUUUCAUGCUGUGAAACAUCUGGAAAGUGUGCUUCAGGUUCUACCCCAGUGCAUUAUGGGCAGUCUUGUGGUCACGAAACAAAUACCUUUGCUUUCAAACGAUCACACUGUAUUUGUAAAUUUUUUUUUUUUUUUACAUGUAUGUCUGCUUGUAAAAAAUAGAUUGACAGGCGUACAGAGGGGAAAUCUAUCACCUUGGCUUCUCACCCACUGUCCUGAUUGUCUUUUUAUGUAACUGCAGGCUGAUCGCACCUCUUGUCUAUUCAGUGAUUUGUUUGUUGUUUUUUUUUUUGUAAGAAUGUUAUUAAGGAAGGUCCCUAUUGUCCUGAUGUGUGACGUUUUCUUUUUCUUACCUUUCUAAUUGCUCACCCAGAAUGGUUUGGUUGAUCUUUUUGGGCCUUGUAUGUAAAUAAUUCUUCAAAAUUUAAGUUUAUGUGUGAAUUUUUAAACCUGGAAGAAGGCUAUUGUGUUGAGAAUAAAUGCACUGUAACAUGUGGUGGAUGAGAUGUGUAUGCAUUUUACACUGAAUGAGAGUCCAGAAUUCAUAAGAGGUAAAAAAACAAAACAAAAAAACAACAGACUUGUAAGAGUCUGUUAACUCGAUGAAGAGGAAACUUGUUGUUUUGUAUUACGUGGACAUGUUUGAUUCUCUUCUGAUUUGCAGGAUUUGAUUGUUUGGGGGAUAUAUAUAUCUAUUUAAUCUUGAUUAAACUUUUGUUUAUGUCUAAAA